GAGGGCGAAGUACGGGGACGGCAGCAGCUUGCUCCCAGAGCGAUUUCUUCAUGCAGCAGGUCGGCAUCCUGCACUUCUACGUCAGCAAGGUGUGCAUGAGAGGCUUCGAGGCGGAGCAGUGCGUGACCGACUUCACUGGGGUCUCGCCCCAGUACGCCUUCGGCGUCCGGGUGGAGUGUCCCACGGACGCGUGCGUGGCCGGGGGGGCGAGCCGGAUGAAGCUGGUGGUUCAGAAG